CUCCACCCAGGUCAACUCGGACAGCCCCUCCGCAACGUGGUCUUUCUUCGGCUCGGAAAUCUCCGACUUCACCGGCGGGCUGAUGAGCCGCCGCCCCGACGGCAAAGCCGGGGACGCGCCAGCGAACGCCCCUUCCCUGCCGCUUCCGCCUCUGUCUCCCGCGGCCACCGCGGCUGCAUCUAAUCACUGGAAGGCGGCGAAAGAUGCGGCUGGAGAAGCGGCUUUCAAAAGCCCGACGGGCAAAGCGCCAACCCCCGCCGCCUCGGCGCUGUCGAAAGACAGCUUUGCGCCUCGGGCCUCGACGGAGCAGGACUUGGACGCCGUUUCCUCCUCCGCCUCUUCUUCUAGCACCAGCAGCGCCGCUGCCGCCAGCAGCAGCAGCAGCACUAACCGACCCCCCCUGGCUGCAGCGGCGUCUACGGAGCGCUCCCCCAUGGCCGCCCCGACGAGUUGCCCCGAGUUCCUCAGCGUGUCCAUCCUGCCGCUCAACUCGACCUACUUAGCUGCCCGGACUCGGCAGCUGCUGGACGUGGGCGAAUGCCAGGACGGCAGCCCCUUCGGCGGCGGACACCCGGGCACCGCCUCCCCGCCGUCUUGCAACUUCCAGGAUUUAGCAAACCCCAUGUAUUCGCCCAAAGAAGGGCAGCCGCCGCACUGCAUCUUCGGCGGGGACUUUCAGCCCAGCUUCAGGAUCAAAGAAGAAAGCCUCGCCGCGGCCGUGGCCAAAACCAGCGCUUACUUGGGCGCCAAAACUUCAGCGGCGGUAGCGGCGGCUGCAGGAGCGACGAUGCCCUGCACGGACUACGCGCCGCAAAGCGCCGCUCCUCCUCAGCCCAGGAACAGCAGCUGCUGCACCAGCAGCCACGAGGCCUCCUCCACGCUGGAGUCCAUUCUCUACAAGACGGAGGUUGCUGCUGCUGCUGCUGCGUCUGGCUCCUACGGACCAGCGCCUUGCAAAGCCUCUACCAGCUGCAUCGUGCAGAGGGACAGCCUCAGCCUGCCCUCGACGUCCAACGCGGCGCCUCCUCAGGCCCUUUACCAGCCCUUCGCCUUUCACGGCCCGCAACAGUUCGCCGGCCUCAAAGAUGGGUUGCCCCAGUUCUACUCGCCCUAUUUGAGCUAUAUAAGACCUGAUGCAGAAGCUGGCCAGAGCCCUCAGUAUGGUUUUGAGUCAUUGCCCCAGAAGAUCUGCCUUAUCUGUGGCGAUGAAGCUUCAGGUUGUCACUAUGGGGUACUCACCUGCGGGAGCUGCAAAGUGUUCUUCAAAAGAGCCAUGGAAGGUCAACAUAACUAUUUAUGUGCUGGCCGGAAUGACUGCAUAGUGGAUAAAAUUCGUCGGAAGAACUGUCCUGCAUGCCGCUUGAGGAAGUGCUGUCAAGCUGGAAUGGUACUUGGAGGUCGAAAGUUUAAAAAGUUUAAUAAGGUCAAAGUUUUAAGAGCCUUAGACGUCGUUGCACUCCAACAGCCUCCCGCCCUUCCGAAUGAAAGCCAAGCACUGGCACAAAGGCUCUCUUUUUCUCCAAGUCAAGACAUCCAGUUUAUCCCUCCGCUGAUCAGUGUCUUACAAGGCAUUGAGCCAGAAGUUGUCUACGCAGGUUACGACAACACGCAACCAGAAACUCCAAGUGCUUUGCUGACCAGCCUUAAUGUACUAUGUGAGAGACAGCUCCUCUGUGUAGUCAAGUGGUCCAAGUCAUUACCAGGAUUCCGGAACUUGCAUAUCGAUGAUCAGAUAACCCUUAUCCAGUAUUCAUGGAUGAGCCUAAUGGUGUUUGCCAUGGGAUGGAGGUCUUAUAAGCACGUCAGUGGUCAGAUGCUGUACUUUGCACCUGAUCUAAUACUCAACGAACAGAGGAUGAAAGAAUCAUCAUUUUAUUCUCUCUGCCUCUCCAUGUGGCAAAUCCCGCAGGAGUUUGUCAAGCUACAAGUAAGCAGCGAAGAAUUCCUUUGCAUGAAAGCCUUGCUCCUCCUCAAUACAACUUGUGAAACAACUCCAUCUAUAUUGUCUGAACACAUUUCUCCAGUCCCGGACGCUGAGUGUUGAAUUUCCGGAAAUGAUGUCAGAAGUGAUCGCUGCACAACUACCCAAGAUUCUGGCAGGAAUGGUGAAACCUCUUCUCUUUCACAAAAAGUGAAAUGCGCCCUUCAUUGCUUCCGCGUUUGUAGACAUGAUACACACAACAUGAGCAUUUUCAAAAAUUCUCGGGGAUUUUGGGGGGAUGGCGUGGGCUUUUGCAGUGCCAGGAUCUUUACCAUCUCCGUUCCACUUCACCUACUUACCAGUUUGUGGGUUGGAUCUAGACUUAGUCAUACUUAGAGUAGACCCAUUGAAAUCAGUGGGACUUAAAUUAAUAAUGAGUAGUCAUGCUAGGUCUGACAAGGAGUACAAUCCUAUACAUGUCUACUCAAUAGAAAAUCACAUUGAGUCUAAUGGUGCUUACUUCCAGGAAAGUGGGUAUAUACGAUUGCAACCUAAGUGUGGAUCCAAUCCUAUGGCUGCAAACCUUCAAAUGCUGCGCAGUGUCCUUCAUGUGGUGAACUUCUUGAUUCCUUUACAACUCUCUUUUUUAAAAAAAGAAAAGAAAAAAGCAUGACCAAUAUUUGUCAUAAGAAAUGUUUUAUAAUAGGCCUGAUUGAAUUUCUCCUGAGGAAUACAUUAGAGAUCAGUUUUGUUUUUUAAGAACAGGAAGUAACUUUGUACAUUUUUCCUUCAUAUUAUUCAUUUUUAAAUUUCUGCAAUGGAGUAAAGCUUUUAAUACAUUUGUGUGUGAGUGUGGGUGCGCACACACGUGCGUGUGUGGCUAUAUGUGUAUAUGUAUAUAAAUAUCAAAGGAUAUGGUGAAAUUAAAAUGCAAAUUGUCUUCUA